AUUCCUGUCCUUCCACGCCAAACUGUUUACGUUUAGGGUCUCAAGUUCCCCUGCCUUUCUGUGCGAAAGCCAUUUUGCUUUUUUUAGUUGUUGUUGCCAUGGCACGCAUGAACAGGCCCGCUCCAGUGGAGAUCACCUACAAGAACAUGAGGUUCCUCAUCACCCACAACCCAACCAACGCCACCCUCAACAAGUUCAUCGAGGAGCUGAAGAAGUAUGGCGUGACCACAGUGGUGAGGGUGUGCGAGGCCACGUAUGACGCCACCUUGGUGGUGAAAGAGGGAAUACAGGUCCUGGAUUGGCCUUUUGAAGAUGGCGCUCCUCCCUCCAACCAGAUUGUAGACGACUGGCUCAACCUGCUGAAGGUCAAGUUCCGCGAGGAGCCGGGCUGCUGCGUGGCCGUGCACUGCGUGGCGGGCCUCGGCAGAGCUCCCGUCCUGGUCGCCCUCGCCCUCAUCGAGUGUGGCAUGAAAUAUGAAGACGCCGUGCAGUUCAUCCGGCAAAAGCGUCGUGGAGCUUUCAACAGCAAGCAGCUCUUCUACCUGGAGAAAUAUCGUCCAAAGAUGCGUCUGCGCUUCAAAGAUUCCAACAGCCAUCGCAACAACUGCUGCAUCCAGUAGAACAACAUGUGUUGCCUUUGUCUCAACUUUAAAAAAAAAAAAAAAAAAAUUAAUCAUUCUUAUUAGUUUUUGGGGAAAGCCGCUUCAGCAUUUCUUCCAUAUCUAUCUUAUCUUGGGUCUAUGUACUUGCUCUUUCCUCACUGGUAAGACAAUUCAGUGCAACUAGCAGAAACAAUUCUCCCUCGUGACAUGUUUUUGUCCACUAUUGUAUGACAUUUCUCAAGUGUUUAUAGAGCCGCACAGUACCGCUAGUUUACUACUAAGGUUUAAUUGCGUACGAGUAGGCCAAAAGUGGGUUGAACAGUGGAACAACUGGUUAGAGCAAUUGGCUCACAGUUCUAAGGACCAACAUUAGAAUCCCGGCCUCUCCUGUGUGGCGUUUACAUGUUCUCCCCGUGCUGCUUUUUUUCUGGCCUCCCACAUCCCAAAGACAUCAAUUGGAGAUUACUCGUAGGUGUGAUCUUGAGUGCGACUGUCACUUUUUCUCACGAUAGGCGGGUAACCAAUUCGGGUGUGCUUCGCCUCGUGCCUGAUGACAGCUGGGAUAGGGUCCAAUACUCCUGCGACCCUUGUGAGGAUAAGUGGCUCAGAAAAUUGAUGGAUGAUAGGCCAAAAGUGGCACUAGGAGUGGACAACAAUGUUCCUAUUAGGACGCAGUAUGCCUGAAUUCUUACUAGUGACGACAGAGUGCACUAGUACCUUAAGCUCGAUAAUUUUUUUUCGUUCUUAGUUUCCUGUCAUGGCCAUCUAGAACCAUUUUUGGUUUUGUUUACUAAUGAACUGCUACAAUGUGAUUUUUGAUUUUUUUUUUUUUUUUUUUUUUUUUUUUUUUUUUUUAAAUCUCAAACUGGACUUUUGUCUGCGAUAUUUUGUACACCUUUUUAUUUGAUGUCCCUAACUUAACACUCGGAUACUUGAUAAUUUGAUGUAUUUGUUGAUGAUUAUUAUUAGUUGGCUAUUUAUAUCUUAUCGGUAAACGUGAGUGAUUUAGUACCUGAGCGGCAAACUUGUAUCUGUUCCUGUUUGAUGGUUCUAUUAAAGUGAUGACAUCCAAAAGAAGAAAA